AUGAUUGUCGCUCACGCUCCAAAAACUUUUUUCGGUUCAGGAGAUAUACAAAAACCAUUGAGUUCUCUUCCUGGAUUUUCAUGGGCGAAAUAUCCCGGAGAAAAACAUCUUCCGGGUCAUAAUUACACCGGUCCAGGUACUAGACAAAACUUUAGUUUAUAUAAAAAAUUUAACGCUCAAAAUAUUCUUCAGUUUAUCAAUGGUACAAAAAAUGUAGAAUUUAAAGAAUUUGAAAUUAACGACGAAAACAGCACGCCUCGUCACUUAUAUGAAAUUAAAACGAGUGGAAAAUAUAUAGAUAAGUUAAGAAUGUUAAUCAUACCAGAUAAAGAAGAAGAUGAAUUUACAUUGAGUAAUUUUGAUAUGUUAUUGGAAACGGAAACUCCACCAUCAACAAGUAUUAUUAGAAAUCCAGAACCACAAAAAGAAGGAAUAUGA